AUGGAUGACAAAGCAAUUAAAUCAUUUAUGUUGACAAACGUAGGCAGGUACACGACCGGGUGCAUUUCUCUUGCUGGCUGGUGGUUUGAUUCAAACUCUUUCCUUGCUCUCGUCCCAAUUUCACGGUCUUCUGCCGACAUUUCACGUGAUAACGAAUUCGACGAGGUACAAGAGAAGACAUAGUUGUGGUUUUCACUCUCUAAAAGUCUUUUAAGGCAUUUACAAGAGCGAGUUUGGACAUAACCUGUUCUGUUUGAAACAUUCUUUAUAAGCUUAACCAAAAUAUAUCAACAGAAACGACAUGACCUCUAAGACCGUCAAACUGGUAAGUUUUGAUGUCAGAUAUAAAUCCUUGAACCUCAUCAUUUUGCCCUUUGAAGAAAAUGCAACAAAUUCAAAAGCAUCCGCCAAAAUCCGCCAUUUUGGCGAGAGACUUGCGCAUGACUUUUCAAAGAAAACCGCUAAUACAAAGUACCUCACAUUCAUAAAUCAUCUGAUGAAAAGUGUGACGUCACCAAAAAAACAGUAUGGCGAUGAGAUUGCAGUGCAUAGUUCAUUCUUCAGGGCAAUAGAACAGAGUAUUUUUAGGGUAAAAUCUUCUUUUAGAAGAAGAUGUUUAGCUGGUGGUCCUCGCUAGGACCUGAAAAAAGCCAAAACAGUGAAAAGUCUGAGGGAAAAAACGCGGAAGGAGAACAUAAAACCGAAGGAGAUGUUCCAACAAGUGACGAUGGAAGGGCUGCCGAAAAUGAGAAGGAACAGCACCAAGAAUCGGCCAGCGGCAAGACAUCCGAGCUUGAUUAUGCGAGAGACAUGGCCAAGAAUGUAGGAAGUAAGUGGUUUUGUUGUUUCUACGUUGUGCUUUGCAGACAAUAAUAAUUACUCUAAAAUAGUUUCUCAGCUGAAGAGCGUAAGAACGUCGACAGUCGAUUUUUUUGCCUCAGCCAUUUAGCUGUGUUGAGUUGCGGUUUUUUCAGGUUUGCUUAAACGAAAUUAUCACCUACCAAAAUUUAUUUUGUCAAAUUUGAUAUUAGGCGUCUAAACUAGUUGGAUCUAAUUUAUACAUGCAUCAGUUGAAAGUCCGAUCCUGUUGAUAUUGCAAACAUCUUGUUUGUUUUGCAUAAUUAUACGAGUCAAUGACCACAAAAGAGUUACAAUAAGCUUGUAGCCUGUAGCUUCUGCAUCUGCUACAGUUGUAUCUUUGUUAGUAGUCCUCUACCGCCUGUUAUUUUGAUACAGAAAAUGGAAAACCAUCUUCUAUCAUCUUGGUAAUUGUAAAAGAACUUUAAAAAAAAGUUAAAAGUUUGAAAACUAAAGUAAAAAAAAAAAAAAAAAAAAAAAAAAAAAAAAUAAAAAAAAAAAAAAAAAUUACAUGUAUUUUCUACAUUUUUUUUUUAAUUUAACAAUCCCAUUUAUUUUUUAUCUACUCUGCAGUGAACUCCCUGUAUGGGUCCAUAGUCUUAACGCAACAAGGAAAAUUUUCUUUGAAAAAUCAAAUGCAACAGAGAUCAACCUUUAUUUAAAAAAGGGCCAAGGGACUUUAAAAAUGUGUUUACUAAGGUUGUAGCCUGGGGGUUUUUCAUCUGUUACAGUUUUUUCUUUGUUAGUAGUUCUCUACCGCCUUUUAUUUUGAUAAAAAAAAUGGGAAACCAUCUUAUAUCAUCUUUGUAAUUGUAAAAGAACUUUAAAAAAAAGUUAAAAGUUUUAAAACUAAAAGAAAAAAAAAAAAAAAAAAAAAAUCGAAUAAAAUACAAUAAAAAAAGAACAUUACAUGUAUUGUCUACAUGUAUUUGUUAAUUGAACAAUCCCAUUUAUUUUGUAUCUACUCUGCAGUGAACUCACUGUAUGGGUCCAUAGGCUUAACGCUACAAGGAAAAUUUUCUUUGAAAAAUCAGAUGCAACAGUGAUCAACCUUGAUUUAACAAAGGGCCAAGGGACUUGCAAAAUGUGUUCACUGUAACAUGGUUUCGUUAUGUGCAGGAUUUUUUUCAUAUAUUUUGAUAUAACUGGACUAAAGAAAAGAGUUCAUUAUACCGAGGACUUUGUUAUAUAUAGGUUUGUUAUAUCAAGGGUCCACUGUAAUAAUGUUCGUUUUAACAGCUUAUAUCCAUCCCGGGGGAUGGGGGGUGGGGGUACUCCCUUUUAUAAGCUAUAUAGGUAUGUACCACCCCAUCAGGUAGGGUUUUUGCACCAUUUUGGUCUGGAAUAGGGUAUGGUUUUCAGGGGAACUACAGGAGUGUAUGAAAGUAUUUAUCGUUUCAAUUCCAAAUGAGUAAGGAAGAAAGAGAAAUAUGCGAAUUCAAAAUGGAUUUGACGAGUUUGUUUGUUUGUGCUCUAAUCUAAGUAGUGUUAACAUAAUUUCAGGCCAGGUCUGAAAACGGGUAUGGAUUUUAGAGGUCUGGUCUGAAAAUUGGGUACAGAAAAUGUGGCUGUAUCAAUUUAAUUUGCAAAGUGCUAGAAAAAAAGACAAGAAGUCUUACUGCUUGUAGACAUCUGAAAGGGACAUCAUUUUUCAAUGGAAAGUGUACAAAAGGGUACCUUUUCUGCCAAAAUGGUAGGAGCUGGACCUUGUGGUGGAGGCUUCCUGUAUAAAACGUUGAUGAGUAGCCUCCCUCCUUCCAAGGAUAGAAUUGGGUGCUAGCCCUUCGUCAGCCCUUCCUGCUAGCCCUUCAAUAUCAAUAAAUAUCAAGUAUAUUUUGUCCGGUAUUUGCUUGGGAUAGAUUUGGUUACUGGCACCUUUGCAGGGUGUUCAUUAGGCAUCAGAGAGCAGAGAAUUCUCCAUUUACUAUGCAGAAUUCUCUAACUAACAUUCGGUGGCUUAUGACUAUUUUUUAUUCAGACAUGGAGCCUCUUUCAAAAUACUCUCCUGUAAUGUUACACCUUUCUCCUGCUACUAGGAUUCUUAAUAAAAACACUGCCUUUGAAGAUGGCCUCUUUUCAAACAAAAUUUGUGAAUACUGUACAAGACAAACCAUCUGCAUUUGUUGAGCGUUGGUCAUGACAGAAAAUUUUUAUAAAAAAGCUCUUCCACCAGUGCAGAUCAGCCCCAUCUCUCAUAAACAAUCUUCAGCAUCCGCAGCCUCUUGAGUGUUAACUAUUAUUAAUAUUUUUAAUGAUUAGCAAACAAACUUGUUUGAGUGUACCAGUAACUCUGUGCUUGAUGCUUUGCUUUUCAGGCUUCCUUUUCAACUUUGCCAGUGUCGCAACAAACACUGCUUAUAAAAUGAAAGACACAGUGAAGGAAACUGUUGAAAAGCAGGUUUGUGUUUAAACAUGAUUUCGUCUUAAAAGAUUCAAGUGUUAUCACAUUGAAUAUUCAUUGUGUAUGACAUCGUCACAGUUGCAAGACAGUAACAAGAUUUGAAAGUGCUUCAAGCAACAUGUGUUUUCUAUUAGACAGAGUGAGAAAAAUUAAAUCUAACAGAUGCUUUACAAUAAAUUAAAAAACUGUUGACUUGUAACUUUUCAACCCUACAGUCUAUUAUUGAGGAUUUUAACAAGAAACAAGAAGAAUUUGUCAAAGAGAAGCAUAAAAGGAAAGGUAAGGAUCAGAGCUCAUAUGAAUAACCUGUCAUUGGAGUAUUGCUUAGUUUAUACAGGGUUGUCAUUAAGAGCCGGGGGCCAGGGAUUUUCCCCGGCUACUAAGAGAGUGGUCCCCGGCUACUUUUAUUGGAAAAUAGAAGAAAAAUGGGACCAAAAGAAAUCCCUAGCCGUUUGAUUCCCCGCCUACUUGUUUUAUUUACCCGGCAACUUGAAAUCUUAGUGACAACCCUGUUUAUAGGUUUUGUUUGUUCAAUUUUUUAUGGAUGGUGUGAACUUUACUUCAUUGUUUCAAAAGAACACAUUGUGGCCGAGCCAAAGAGCGUUAGGCUUGUAAUCCUAACCCUAACCCUAAACUGAACCCCCCCUCCCCACCACCCCCCACUGGAUCUAGCCUAUGAUUUAAUUAUUUUUCUUCAACUCAAAACAGAACAUAAAUACAUCUUUCCCCAACUGCUUCAGUGUGUAUAUGGCAGGCUCUCUUUUCUGUGGAUCAAAUAUAUAACUUUUACACCAGAAUUACUUUUGACCAUAAAAACAUUUUUCUUGUCUGCAGAGGUGGCCGUACCACCAUGGGUAGGAUAUAAUGAAGAAGAAACCAUGAAGAAUCAAAUACUGGCACUUUCAACAGAUGAAAGAAACUUCUUGCGUGAUCCUCCUGCUGGUGUUCCGUUCCAUUUUGAUAGUGAUUCCAUGUACCCUGUUGCCUUAGCAACCCUUCAGGAAGAUAAGAACCUAACUAAAAUGAGAUUCCAACUUGUUCCUAAGAAGUAAGCUAUAUACAAAAUUAAUCUGAUAAAAGUUUUUGUAUUACGGUUGAACCUCUCUACAACGGCGUUCACCUUGGGACAGAGAAAAUGGCCGUUGUAGAGAGAUUGAAACAAGAGUAAAUGUAUGGACUGUCUUCCAAAAAAAGGCCAUUGUAGAGAGGUGGCCGUUAUUGGAGGUUUGACUGUGUUAUAAUCUAUGGUUUUAUAAGAUAAAAUUAUAUAUAUGCAUUUUUUAUUUUUAAAAUGUCUUGAUACUUUGAGCAAAAGUAUUUUAUGCUCCCAGCUCAUUUUCAAAGACUCCUUUUUGCAACCUAAAAAUAUUAGUUAUUUUAAAAUGGUUACCAGACAUUAAAAUUAAUAUUGGUCGCUAAAAAAAGACUUUUGGUGCAAUAUUACAUGAGAGGUUUAAAGAACCAAAAUGGCUGCCAGACAAUCACGUCCCAAUGUUUAGAGCUGCAUGCCACAUCUCAAGACUUAAAACAUGAUUGAUUUCUUGUUUUGAUAAGAUCUGUUCAUUACCCAAGGACAAGGCUGUGCUCUAAGAAAAAUUGAACAAGCCCAUCGUGCUCUCAGCCUGUGAAAUUCAGGGUACCCAACAUAUGAUUCAUAUGAAAAAACUCAGAUUAAGUGCCAUGGGCCAACACGCACUGCUAUAGUACAGCCUCGAAGAUCAUUAUUAGAUUUUAAUCCCAUCCAAUUCACUAUUAUAAUAACUCAAUUUAAUUUGCAGAAUUAAAGAGGACAGAUUUUGGAGGAAUUACUUUUACAGAGUGUCACUUAUAAAGCAAUCAACACAGCUCACUUCCUUGGCUGCUACAGGUAAAGUUUAAUCUUCUUAUGUUUGGUUUAUUAAUAAUGAGAUGUACAAGUAUUUAAAUCAAUUGAUUUUGUCAUGUAUUAUUAUCAAGUUUGUCAAUGGUUUAAUUGAAAAGAUUCUGUAGAAUUUUGUUUGGUCUCUUUUCUUGACUCUUGCUGUACCAAGAUUCAUCAAAUUUUGUCUAAAAAAGUAAGUUAGCUACCAUUAUUAAAAAGUCUUUGGAUUGAUUUUAUUUUCAAGCACACUUUUUAGUUGUUUUUUAAAUGUACAGUAAGUGAUAGUAACUGCCAUCACUUGUCAAUAUUUUCAUUUAGUAUAUACUAAAACAGUGGAUAGUGUUUUUCUCGCGCUCUGAUUGGCUACUCAAUCAGUGAAUAUCCUGCACUAUUCACUGAUUCACCUCCAGUUCCUCUGAGCGAGCGACGCCAAACUCGCGUAGGUUGCGAGCAAAAUGCUUUCCCGGUUUGCUGCCGUAACAAACUAAGAAAUUUCACAACUAAUCAAGCAAGCUAUUUCUGAAAUACAUGAAGAAGGUGACGAAGUUCGGUUUGGAAGUUUUAACAGGUAAAGCUUUGUCUUUUUGACUUGAAUAGUUAUCGAUAAAACCAGUGAAAAAGUUUUUUGUUUACAAAUGCAAAUUAAGCUUAAGUUUUGCGUUACUUUAUUUAGUUGACUUGCUCAUAAGCUUAAAACUAAAUUUAAUAAUCUUUUUUACAGAAUUAUUUUAAAUACAAACAGAAUUCACAACUCCUUUUCAAGAAACUUCCCCUCAAGGGUUAAACAAACGCCUUCAAAAGUUUUAUUUGUCGCUAAGAAAAAGCGACGACCACGGCCGUUCAGUCAUGGCGCGCCAAAAUUGUAAUCGUUGGCAACAGUAAAUGAGUUAAAAAUCAUCAUUUUGUGCUCAAUUAUCUCACUGUUUUAGUAUAUACUAAAACAAUUAUUCACCUCAGUGUCGGUGGCUAGUAGUGGAUAUUUACCUCGUUGCUUCGCGGCCCCGGUAAAUAUCCAAUACUAGCCACUUCCACUUCGGUGAAUAAUUGUUAUUUAUUUCUCACACUACAGUACAGGCCACAGUUUUUUUUUUUGCAUUAUACUAUACAUGCAAUGUUUUAGAUGUGUAAAUCUGCCAUAUUCAAUGCAAUACAAUACAGUACAAUACUUUUAUUAAUUCUCCGCGAGGGGCUUUUCAGAAUUAAUUUACAAAUAUGUGUAUAAAUAAUAAAACUAAGACUAAUGAUAUACAUGUUCUUGAUAUAUAAAUAACAACUUAAAAAUUUCUACUUCUAAUAAUAACUAACAAUGUAAUAAUACACUAUGGUAUGUACACCGGUAUCCUAUUUCUUCAUUAAUUCUGCCUUUGCAUGCUUUUUAAAUGAUCUUAAUGAUCGUGCAGUUCUAGUGUUGUUACUGGGACUAUUCCACGCUUUUGCUGCCCUAUAAAAGAAGCCACUCUGGGCAGCCGCUGUCCGGCGUCCUGGCAGGUUUAGAUCUUCACUGUUGCGGAGAUUGUAAGCGUGCACAUUGGAUCGCUUCCCUAUUUUACAGCUAAUAUAUGCUGGCACUAAAUUGUUAACACAUUUGUACAUCAAUGUCACGUCCCGCAACCAAAGUUGCUCCUCUAUAGUCAGCCAGCCAAGAGCUUUCAGGGCUGGGGGAAUAUGAUCGUAUUUCCCUGUGUCAGUUAGUAUACGGGCAGCAAAGUUCUGCAUGAGUUGUAGUUUAUGGAUGUUCUGUUUAUAAGUACCAGCCCAUACAGCAGAACAGUAAAAUAAUUUACUAAACACAACAGUUGAUCAUUACAACAGAGUUGAUCAUACAAUUUAUAGGAGAAAAUGUAUGCAGAAAAAUACAUGACAAAAUGCACUCAACGAAAAAGUGAGUAAAAUUUUAAACAAAGAGCUUACAGAUUGCACAUAUGGCACUUUGUCAAAUCAUAAACUGUGUGGUUUUAUAACAGGUGGAAAUGGCCCUUGUGGUGGUGACAGACAAUCAUCAGCAGCAGAAGCUAAGACAGCUGACACUGGUUGGUGUAACUUACAUGUACAUUUUACUUUUAAGCUUUCCAUAAUGUCCCCCGGUAAGUUGAGAGGUAGACUCUAAACUUGUGCAGGAUUUUUUUGUAUGAUUAUGGCCAAUACUAACUUUACAGAAAUAUUAUCGUACUCUACAGACUGUCUUCUACAGAGAAAAUUCAGUCAGAUUGAUUUUACUUUCCCAGAGGUUUACAUUGCCAUUAAUUUUUUUAAGACAAUUCCAGCAGCUGUCCUAUAGAGUGUAUCUCAUUACUUUUUUUUUUCAGAAUCAAGCCAAAGUGCACCAGUUGGUAUACCUGGAAAGACAUCAGAUGCACAGGUAUGUAUUUUGGCCUACCAAAUUGUUUGCUCAAUUAUGCAUCUCACUAUAGUGUUGGAAAAAGAUGCUUCAACAGUUAUGGCUGUAAAAUUAAUAGUUAUAUAGGUGAAAAUCCUGAUCACUUCUAACAACUUGUUCAGGGCUGUCAAUAAGGGCCGGUAGCCAGCCAAAACCCGCUGGCUAGUUAGCCAUCCUUAGCCAGCUGCUUUAAUCUCCUUCUACCAUAACUGCUAACAAAAAAUAAGCACCACUGAAUAAAAUUGUAAAGCAUCUGUGUUCCAGUUUUGAAUGACAUUGAACCCAUAUUUAAACAGGUUUAGAUCUGUGAAAUGUUCGAACCAUGCAUGGAAUGCCUGUGACAUUUUGAUGGUAUUGUUCCCAGUGUUGCGAGUAUUCUGACGAAACAACAUAGCAUCCGUGGUGGUAAAUACCUCUUGAAAACCCCCUGGAAAUGCCAUUUCUGAGACUCUAAAUUUCAAAAUGUCCCUAGAUGCCUCGGCCCUCAAAAAAUUGUGCCUUUGGUGCAAGUUCCAAAGCCGCCUACCAAUCAUUAUCGGCCUGCUACUUAAAAACUUUUUGACAGCCCUGCUUGUUAAAAGAUUGCUGACGGCUAAAGUGCUUAUGAACAACAAUACUUUUCCCAAUGACAGAUAUGACACCAAUAGCCCACUUUACAGUUACAGGUGUAGGUGAGGCUGGAGCUGACCUUGUUUUGAUACAAUCCUCUCUGCUUUUCUACAUGUAGGUAAGAAGAGGAAGGAGGUUUGUGUCAAACUAGGUCAACCACAGCCCCGAUCACCUUUACUCAAAGGCCAGGAUACUAAGCCAACAGCUCUAGAUAUGUAAAAUGUUGUGAUAAAAUACAUUGCGGGUGCAAAAGACCGUACAGCUGACAAGUGACAAAAUAAGUGUGCAUGGGACUGAUUCCAUCUUGUCCGUCAUCAAAAAGACAAGAAGCGCAUAAAGCAGGCAGUGUUUGCUACUAUGAUUUAUUUGUUACUUAAUACAUGUAAAUCGCCUUGUAAAGGGCUUAGAAUAAUGCAGGGCUUAAGUAAGGAAUAUUAAAGGCAGUGUAUUCACGAAUUUGUUGAUGUAGCAUUUCAUUGCAUGAAUGGUAGUAUAUUGUAAUAUCUUCUUCAAAUAUUAAUAAUCAUUUAGUGGUUAUAAUAAUAUCAUGGUUUGCCAAUGAAUCAGCCUAUGGUUACAGCCCUAGUAAAACUCAGACACUCAAAAGGCAGUCAGAGAUGUUCAGAAGCUUUGAGACUUGUACCCUUUUAUCAAAUUAUAUUGUUUUGCUUCUAAAACAGGAAACACAUGAUGAGGAUUUAAAUGAACCUAUGGUUGAUGAAAGCUCAAUGCAAAGUGAAUUCAUUAGUGACUCAUUUGCUACAGAACAAGGUAAAUAAAUUAACUAAAUAUUUAAAUCCCCUCAUUAACUGUUUUACAGCUUUACAAAAUGAAAACUAUUUUGACUCAUAUGUGCAUUCAGGAGUGUGAGGUGCAGGGUGUGACAUCUUGUGUUUCUUGUAGAACUAAGUCGCGAUGACCUUAGACAAAUUGGGGUAGACAAAAAGGAUGGAGAUAAGGCUAGCCAAUCAAAAGCAACAAAUGAGACAAUACCAGCAGGUGAGACAACAGUAUUAUAAAAAUAACAAGAUAGAAUUUUUCCAAGUACAGCCAGAUGGACACGUGCUAAAUUGAAAUCAGCCAUGGAGCCAUUUAGUUGGCAGCAGUUAAUAAGUUCAGCACUAAAGAGACUGGAGUGAGGUCUACAGUUACAGUGAUGUGGUUCUGGUCAAAUAUGGAUCCCCACCUUAUGACCACCCUGUUUAUACAACCACCUUGUUAUUAUGACCAUGUUAAAAUCACUGAGUCAUUUUAUUAUUUUGAAGACCCCAUUCAUACGACCACCUUGUUAUUACGACCAGGAUUUAAUGGUCCAAUGGUGGUGGCAUUAACAGGGUUCCACUGUAAAUGAAAUUGGGGAAAAAUCGUUUUCAGGAUAAUUAUUAAUUUAAUGAAGAGUAUUUUCUUAGUAACUAACAAUAGGGUGGGUGUUUUGUGCUGGGCCUGCUUGAAUGACUUUGAAGUUCUUUGACCUCAGCUAGUCUCUAUGGUGAUAAGGUUUUCUAGCUAGAGUGCCUUUAAUUUAAUUCCCCUAUAGGCACAAUGCAGUAUUCUUUUUCAGUCAGAUUGUGAUCUCUAUUGUGUUAAGUUUAUGUUAGGUGAAAUUUAAUCUUGCUCUAUUUUUGUGUUUUUCUUUGUAAGAAACUCAAGAUGACAUUCCUGAAUGGGAAAAAGAGCUUCAAGCAGAAUUACAGGUAAAGUUACAUGUAUUAUAGUGUAGUGUAAGGUUGUUUUAAUCCUGGUCAUAAUUUGUUUAAGCAAAUUUUGAUCCAGAACUGACAUAUUGGAUCUGUCCAGCUAGGAGAGAGUUUCGAACGAAUGAAUAACUAUACGAAAAUCCCAUUUCCAUUUCCAUCACCUCAAUCAAGAUAUUGGGCAUCUCAAACAAUCGUCAGGUCACUAUUAAUUAAGUUUUAAUCCCGGGUGAUACAAGCUUAUAAAUUUUACCAAUAAAAUUUUUACCGUCCAUGUUGGUAUCACAAAUAACAUAUACACACCAAUAUUUGUCAAUUCAGUUUUGUCAUCACUAUUCUUAAUCACCAUUGCUAAAUGAAGGUAUGCUUUUAUUGUAGCUUUUUUCACAUUUUUAUUGGACUAAAUCUCUCUAAAUAAAUAGAUGACGAGAGGUAAACAAAAAAAAAAGACCAAAAGGUAAGGUGCAAAUGGAAACCGGAAAUCCCAUGCAGGGCACCUCCCGAACAAAUCAGUAAAAAUCAUGCUAAUGAAACUAUUGUUGCCAAUGGCAACCAUAAAUACUUGCAAGACCCCAUGAACACAGUUUAUCAGGGUCAAAAACAUCUGCUAACCCAUCAUUGAACAAUUCAGUUAUUCUGAAAUGUGGGCACUACAUGCAGUUGGAAGGAGAGGGGGGGUGGGGGGCGUGCUUAUUUGAAGUUGGGGGUUAAUUUUUCACUACGAGAAGCUCAUGUCUUCACAAAGCUUGUAAUUUACCAGGGUGAUGUUUAUUCUAUAUGGUCAACCAUUAUUACUAUUCCAAUAUUUAUAUCAUUAAUUUUAAUACUUAUUUUGUUACUUUUCGAUUCAGGAUUUCGAAGUUGUGGAUAAUGAAGAAAAUGCUGAGUGGGAAAAGGAGAUAGAAGACAUGUUAGAGGAGGAGGAUAACAAAUAAUUUAAUAAAUAGUUAACAAAAUAAUAAUAAUAAUAAUUAACAAAUAAUUUUCACUGCCAGCAUUGUUUAUGGCUUAACAGAUAAUCCACUCAGACUUUGCUCCUUUUCUCACAUUUUACCCAAAGUCAAGGCCUUGGCCAGGCAGGUGUCUGGGUUUCCUGGGACCAAAAAAAUACCUUUUUUUCACAUAAUGGCCUUAGAAUUGCUGGCUUAUGAACUCAGGUGGAUGCCUUCUUCUUAUUUCCAAUUCCUGGUUACAGGUAGUUAGAAUGAUAUAAUCAGUCAAACCAUCAAAAAUGGACUUUAUUAUUAGUUAAAUAUAAUUUUUAGGAAUAAUCUUCUUAGCUAAUAGUAUUUCACCCUUAUUUAAUCCUAAAAAUUACAUUUAACUUUGUGAGUUUUUUAACAUAUUUUGAUCUGCUCCUAAUAACCUGUCAAAAAUCUGCCUACAUGCACCUCUUUGGUGUUCUCUUAGUGUAAAUUAAAAAAAUAUAUUUAUUACAUGUCCAGUGACACAAUAUACAGUCAUGUAGAUUGGACAGUAAUAUUGUUUUGUAAAAAUGGUAUUUAGUUAGUUUACAUUGCAUGGCUUAAAACUAACAUUUUGGUUUACUAGUCAAGUGGCUAGUGACUGGUUGGAUUAAACAACAGCCAAUGAAAACAAUAAGUAUUUUUUGUAGAAGCCAAAGAGAAGUUAGUCUUAAGCCCAGCACUGAAAUCACUGAGAAGCAUAUUAUGUAUAGACAUCUGAGCAUAAUAAAUCAGAAUUUCUGAUAGCUUUCUGAAUCUGUAGAUCACUCUUCACGAUAAACUUUUUGUGACUUCAGGUGUUAUAAAAAAAUCAUGCUUGUGGGAUAGUUACUUCACAUAAGCAAAAUGCACAUCUCACAGUCCUGGACACUGACUCAAAAAGUCCUCUAGCUAUAGAAAAUGAUAUACCUUGAUGAACCAUAGCCCGUAAUGUGUAUGUUGGGGUUUAUUAUUUUACAGGGAAGUGCUUCCAAAACUGUGUGUUUGAUCACAAAUCAACCGGGCUUACAGGGUUAACAGAUACUGGCGUGACAAGGAAAUGAACUUGUCCAGGAUGAAUGGACAGGAUAUUUUCCAAGGCUGUCUUAAAAAUGGUGCCACAAUCCACCCAUUCCACCGACUUGUGAACCAUUCAAACUACAAGUUGCUUUGAGACAUUAUAAUUAUUUUAUACCGUUUAACUUUUGGGAAAUAUUACCUUAAAAAACCAACCAUUCUUAAUUAAGCUGGUGUGUAGGUGUGUUGCAUAACUGAACAGCAUUAAGAACACGUAAUGUUCUUUAAUAAGCUUAAGAACAAACAUAAUCUUUGUAAAAAAGAUUGUCUUUGAAUUAUAUUUUUGGGGAUGGAAGGAGUGUCAGGUGUGUCACCAGUAGAGCAAAGAUUUUCCCCUCAAUAUCUACAUACAUGCAGAAAUUCUCCAGACCUUUCAUUAGUUGAGAGAAUUUGGUAGAAGAUCAAAGCAUUUCCCCUUAAUUUUACUGAUCAUUAUAAAAAUUUUCAUAAUAGCUUGCGUAGCAAGCGUUUCCGUUUGGUUUCGGAGCAAAGAAAUACCGAGGAAGGCCAAGGAAGGGUACUUUCAGUUUUGACCGCGCAAGAAAUGUACAAGAGCUCUUUUACUUGCGCCACUUUUCUCGCAGUCUUUGACUCUCCUUCCUCGUUCUUUUGUCCUAAACCGCACAGAAACGCUUGCUAUGCAGGCUACUUUCAUAACCUUGUCUCUUGAUGAUGUAUGCCAGGAAAGUGUUAGGAGAAAAUUGAUUUUGGUUACUCCUGGGACUUAGAGGGUUAACCAAAAAAGCAAUAAAGUUUCUUAGAC